GAUUGGUUUUUAAGCAAAAUCUCAUAAAAAUUGACAAAACAAUUUUCAAACAAUUUGUAAUUUUUUGUCAGAUUGUAAGCAAAGUUUCAAUGAAGUUGAAUUAACCACCUGGUUAGUUAAGAGGAGAUAAUUUUCAAAAAUUCUGAUAUUGGUACCUUUCAAAAAACUAGUACAUCGAGGAAGCAUUAGGCAGAGUGUCGUUUUGAUUGGUUAUGCUCUGUAUUGACCUGCAUAUUCUCAUUAACAUGAAUCAUGAUGAACGAACUCUUCAUUGGCCUAACCUACCUAAACCAUAAAAAGCCUGAUAAGCACUGAAAGAGAUAAAAAAAAUAAUAUAUCAAAUAAUUUGUUUAGUAUCUACAUGAAAUUGACGAAAUGUCUUUCAAAUAAAUUCAAUUUGUUCAUCAGAAGUGCAUUUUUCACAAUUAUUUUAUCAAAAUGAAGAAACAAAGCUCAAAAGGAUACCAAGAAUGAAGAAAAUGUUCCUGAUUAGUCUCACUUUUAUACUGAUACAGUUGAGAAUCAUCAGCUCAAAUUCUCUUCUGAACACUUUUGAUACAGAUGAUUUUGAAACACUUCGGGCACAAGAUGACCUUUUCGUUGAUAAAAGCUUAUUAAUCAACGAGUAUCUCGAUUACUUGGAUAACUACACUGUACCAAUCCUUGUCAGACCAGAAGGAUGGGGCAAGUCUACGAAUUUAGACAUGUUGAGAACAUUUUUUGAAAUAGAAGUUGACGAUAAAGGCGAACCAUUGCCAAUAGAAAAACGAAAAAACCCCAUACUAUUCACCGGUGGAGACUACAUUUUAAGUUCGAAUAAUUUAAAGAAGCUAGAACCUCUGAAAAUAGCAAGUUACGAAGGGGCAAUGCAGCAUAUGGGAAAACAGCCUGUAAUUUUAGUCAAAUUAAAGAAUGCAACCGGAGAUACUUUAGAAGAGGUGGAACAAAAUUUGAAAUUAUGCAUUUCGCAGGCGUUCCAAAGACAUAAAUAUCUACUUCAGUCCACAAAAAUCACUGAUAUUGUAACUUUAUCCAGAUAUUUGGAAGGAAAUUUCAACAGGACUGAAUUAUUAUCCAGUAUAGCCUUCUUAAGCGAAAAACUUCACAAACAUUUUGAUAGAAAGGUGCAGAUAUUGAUAGACGAUUACGACAUGCCAGUAAUUAAUGGUCAUAUGUCAUUUUUUAACCAUCCGGAUCACAGGAAAUUUGAUUUAUUUCAGAAGAUGGUCAUCGAUAUGUACAAUUACGCUUAUAAAAUGAAUUCUAACCGAAACAUUGGCUUAGUUAGCGGGGUAUUUCCACCAGUCAAGACAACUAAUUUUGUUCUUCCAGUUAAUCCUGGACCACUCGAUGUGGUCUUUAAGAGACCACCAUUCACCCAAUAUUACGGAUAUACUCCGGAUGAAAUACAACAGAUAUUAAACAAAAUAUCGUUUCAAAUAGAUCCCCAUAAGCUACAAUCUUGGUACGGAGGUUAUCGAGUUUUCGGCCCAGAUAAUUUUUACAACCUCAGAUCAGUAAAAAGAUGCCUAGCCAAUAAUGGCACCCUGAAGUACUACGGAUCAGAAAGCAACGUCACAGAACUCGUUGACACAAUUUUAUCAAAAGAUGACACGAUGGAGACUGUACAAAAGCUGCUACUAAACGCAUCAACCUCCUCACGUGCUCUCUGCUUCACCUUCGCAGACAAACAGCCACUGACUUGGGGAGACAUCCUGCCUGGUUUGAGAACAUUAUUCCUCAGCGGAUACAUCACCGCUGAGAGAGAUUGUGCAUCUCCACCAAUUUCCAUACCAAACCAAGAAACAAGAUCUCUCUUGGAGACCAAAGUAGUGCAAUGGGUAUCUCAAAAAUUCUGCAUAACACCUGAACAAUUUUCUUCUUUUGUCGCUAAAAUCCCUCAAGAACAAAUAUACCAAUUCCAAGACUCCCUACGGGUAUAUCUCGACGCGGCUGCCAGUUUUUAUCCUCUGAAUGAAAAAUCAACCCCAAUAUUCUACCCUCUUCUCAUGAUAGCUAUAAAAAAUGCAUUAUCGACCAGCCACUACAUAUCUUCACACAAACAACUGUUGGGACCUGAUAAAAUGAAUGAUACGCUGUUUUUGCCAAUUCAGGGUCAAAGUGAUGCUGCCAUUUUCAUCACAUAUAAGAUAAUCGCAGAAGAGCAGAAUUUGAAAUCGACUGCGAAAUCUGGAUUAUGGGAUAUGUACUUUCGUCCUUAUGACAGUCGUUGGAAACCUUUAUCACACAUUAAGAAAAUUAUAGAAAUAUGCAUGGUUUUUUACAAUGAAAAAGUCCAUGUACAAUUUAGUAUCGAAAAAUUUAGGCAAAGUUGAUUGAUGUGUGUUUGAGCUUGAGAAAAAGAAAAGUGAAAAUGAACUUGGUGAUUUUUUUUCUUCAAAAUUGUUAUGUACCAUUUUAUGAAGGUAAGGAAAAGAGAGUGAGAAGAGGGAAAGUAUUGGUUGAGAAUAGGUAUUUAAUCAAGAAGAAUUUAUCUGUACAUAGUCAACAAAACUCACAAUUAAAAUGAACAGGAGUUGAAUUGCUAAGCAAAUAAUGAGAGUAAAAAUUAGCCUUGUUGUACUGCCUCCUUUCAAAAAGAAUGAUACUUAACAAUAAUUACGAAAUAAAUAAAUAAAUAAAUAAAUAAAUAAAUAAAUAAAUAAACAAUCAUGUAAAUAAAUAAAUAAAUAAAUAAAUAAAUCAGUAUCUUACCUUGGCCAAAAU